UAAGUGAAACCCUUUACGCUUGUUAUUAGGAAUUAAUCUAUUGUGUUAAGUUUUUAAGUUGUUAUUACUAUCAGUGUUAUUAGAAAUUAAUCUCGUUUAAAUGUAAAUGAUAUAACCAUAAGAAACGCGACAUUAGAUGAUAUAGAUAAAGAAGCCACUGCAAUAAUAUUUUAUUAUGUUGUGAUACAAUUUGAACAAGAAUAAAGAAAGAGAAUAAAAACAAAAUGAGCGUAUCAGACACUGCUAAAUUACCUCCAGAUGGAAGCUGGGGUUGGAUGAUUGUCCUGGCAUAUUCAUUGAACGGGAUAUGUACCUUAUCGAUUAUGCAAGGUUUUGGAUUAGUAUUUAAAGAUAUUUUCCCUCGUUUUGGGUUCACUGCGACGGAGGGAACAAUCAUUAUUAAUACAAAUUUAGCUUUCGGCAUGCUCCUUGGAUUGAUAAACGGUCCGCUUCUACGACUUUUUGGAUAUAGGAAAAUGGCUAUGAUCGGUAGUAUAGUAUUCAGCAGUGGAGUAAUUAUAACAGCAUUUGUCAAAUCUUUUACCUGUUUAAUGAUCUUCUAUGGUAUAUUCGCAUCAUUGGGUACGUCGAUGACAUCUUCUGCUUUCUCGUAUGCGUUGAACUCUUACUUUACAACAAAAAGGGGACGUGCAAUAUCCAUAGCAAUGACACUUAUUGGAGUUGGUCCUAUAAUUGUACCUCAAGUGACCACUUUAUUAAUUUCAUAUUAUGGAUCUCAGGGUACGAUAUUGUUAUAUGGAGCAUUCACUUUGCACUCAUUAGUAGGUAGCUCGUUACUUCAUCCACUCAAAUGGCAUACGAAAAAUGCUACAAAAUCGGAAAGUGUGAACGGUGAAUCGUCGAAGAAUGAGAAUGAAAAUACUAUCAGGGAACGGAAGCGCAGUAUUUUCCAAGACGAAGAAAGUUUUAAAAGUUCAAUGUUAGACUUAGUUAAUGUACAAAGAAAAAUGACUGUUUCAAGUAUCGAUCACGAUGCAGAAAUUGGAAGUAUAUAUGGAUUUGAUAUACCCUAUGCUCGACAAAUGUCUGAAACAUUAAAUGCUUCGUUAGGAGAAAAGGAUACUGAUAUGUACGUAAUUACCGAAAAUGGUCAAACGGGAAAGGAGCGUCGAAAAGGUCAGCAUUGUAAUCGUCGGUUAAAAAGCAUUGAAACAAUCAAUCUCGGCAGCAGUAUAGAAAUUUUUGAGGAGAAACCUUUAACUAAGUGCAGUAGCAUAGAUGAGCUUGAAACGAAUAAUUAUCAAAGUACGAUGGAAAACGAUACAUUAUUAACAAAAAAUCAUGCAAACACAGUGUCAAAUGCAAAUAUUGACAGCAAUGGAAAAUCUGAAAAGGAAUCGACAAUGACACGAAUAUUCAAGACGAUAUCAGAGUAUUUUGAUCUGGAUUUAUUACGAGAUCCAAUCUAUGUAAAUAUGAUGUUGGGAAUGUCCAUAGCUAUUUUUGCUGAAAUAAAUUUCUCUCAAUUAACACCUUUUUUCCUGUCGGAUAUGAAGAUAUCAAACAAUCAAAUAGCGACUGUAAUGAGUGUUAUUGCCAGUGUAGAUUUGAUAUUCAGAAUUCUUGCUCCUUUUAUCGGCGAGUGGCUUCAGCAACCACCAAGAAUAAUGUAUCUAGGAAGCUUAUGCCUCUUAAUUAUCAGUCGAUCAACUUUAUUAUUCGUCAAUGGAUUUAUUUCAUUGAUAAUCGUCGCUGUUGGAUUGGGAGCUGCUAAAGGGAUACGUUCAAUAUAUAUGAGCUUAGUAAUACCUUGUUACGUGCCAAUAGAUAAAUUACCUAACGCAUCGGGAAUCCAAAUGAUUGUAAAUGGAGCAAUUCUUUUGUGUGCUGGUCCUAUGCUUGGUAUAAUGCGUGAUAAUUUUGGAAGUUUUACACCUUGCAUAAUUGUAAUAAAUUGUGUUACGGCUCUAACAGUCACAAUGUGGACAGUGGAAAUAUUAAUCAUCCGAAAGAAAAAAAUGCAGAAACGAAAAGAACAGCAAGACUCUCCUUGAAUUGUUGAAGACUCUAUACUCUAUACACUUAUUAAUAACUAAAAAUAAUUUUUUUAUUAAACUUGACUCAAUGUAUAUCACUGUACACAAGACAGAGCAUUUUCAUCACGAACUGCCAUUGGUAUGUAUAACGUGCAUUGUAGUUGUGAUUUUUCUAAAUUUUGAGCAACGUUCGAUGUUACGUAUAACGUUUCUCCACUGAAAAAACAAAGUCGAUAGAAUAUUUCCAUAUAAUAAGAAGAUUAAAUAUUUACUAAAGUUUACUAACGAAGACGUUAGGCUAUAAUUUAAUGUAUUCAUUAAGAAACUCGUAAAAUGUUAUUGACAUAUAUCAACAGAGAUUCAGUUUGAUUACUUUUCGCGCGCCGUAUAUACAGAAAUAAUCGACAAAAGAGAUUUCAUUUUUUCGAAUUGGUACUGGACGUACAUAUAUCUGUACGUUGGAUAUGCACGUAAUCAUCCAUUCUUCAUUUUAAUCAAAUCUUUACAAAACAUUCUGAAUGACAAAAAUACAUUACAACACGCUUUAGAUGCCUGCAAAACGGCUUUGAACAAUUUAUCGCUGAAAAAGGUAAAAGAAUGUUUUAAUAAGAUAAUCACGAAAUUAUUGAAUAAGUUAAUAGGUAAUUUCUAACAAAAAUUUGUUACGAACUUUUCGAACUAUCCAAUAGAAUAAUUAAAAUUUGUUAACUAUUUUUAAAAAUUAUUAUAUGUAUUUAAAAAUAAUACUUGAUGCGACACUUACAGUAUUAACGAUUAUACUUACACAUAGUGUUUAUUAAAGAAAAGUUUGUACAGCACUUUCUAUACGGAUCACAGCAACUGCUAUAUCAUCUCAAGUUUAAUUAAGGUCGUGUGCUUAUUCAAUGUUGUUUGCCACAGAACAGACUUAAUGAUGUGAAGUGUUUCGUUACCGCAACUCAGGUCUUUUAACAAUCACGAUCUUCCGCACAACGACAAUAGAUUCUUUUUUCUCAGAAUCUUCCGGUAAAAGUUCUCACACGCUGUUAAAGGCAUAACACAAAGGAUUAAACGUUUUACAUAUUUUAAAAAGGGCCGAUUACACGGAUUAAUGUAAAUAUUCAAAAAUAAACAUGAUAGUGCCAAGAAUUUCUAACUGAUUCGAGACAAAUGUAAUUGUACAUAUGUAUAUAUGUAUGCUUGAGUAAGUUAAACGAAUAAACAUAUUUUUUUAAAAACCCUA